UCGACGGGAGUCACCACGCGUAUAUAGUCGGCUGCUGCUGCUGCUGCUGCUGCGGCUGUGAGAUCGCCGCUAGGUGCGUGCGACGAUGCUGCAUGGGUGACGUGCGGAGCGCGGCAAGUAUGGCGGAGCGCGGCAUCGGUGGGUGAGUGCGCGCGUCGGAGCACGGAGCGGCCGAGAGAGUGUACGUACGUAGUGUACAAUAUGCACUAUGCGUGUAGGAUAUGCCUUGCUAACCGUGGUCAUCGUGGUGCUGCACCUGCCGAGGACCGACCAGCUGCUGAGUGGAGGAUUAGGAUCUGAAGACGAAGAACGCUUGCUACGCAGGUUGUUUCGCGGUUACAACAAACUAAUUCGACCCGUGCAGAACAUGACAGAUGUGCUAGAAGUACAGUUCGGAAUGGCCCUUAUUCAACUGAUCAAUGUGGAUGAGAAGAAUCAAAUUUUGAAGACGAACGUUUGGCUGCGAUACAUCUGGACAGAUUAUCAACUUAGCUGGGAGCCAUCCGAGUAUGCCGGGAUAGCACAAAUCAGGAUACCUUCGCAGAAAGUUUGGAUCCCAGACAUCGUCCUGUUCAAUAAUGCCGACGGAAACUACGAGGUCAGUUACAAGGUGAACGUCGUGCUGUUCCACACGGGACAGGUCCUCUGGGUGCCGCCAGCCAUCUACCAAAGCUCAUGCACGAUCGACGUUACCUACUUCCCUUUUGAUAAGCAAGAGUGUAACAUGAAAUUCGGCUCGUGGACGUUCAACGCCGAACAGGUCCGGCUCAAAUUCUACGAGGGCACGUCGUCGGUCGAUCUGAACGACUACGUCAUCAGUGGCACGUGGGACGUGCUCGAGGUGCCAGGUGAUCUGUCGGAGGACAACAGCACGAUCGAGUUUCUCAUCAAGCUGCGGCGAAAGACGCUGUUUUAUACCGUGAACCUCGUCAUACCGUGCGUGCUGCUGUCGUUUCUCAGCAUACUCGUGUUCUAUCUGCCUUCGGACUGCGGCGAGAAGAUGACGUUGGCGAUAUCGUUGCUGCUGGCGCUCGUCGUGUUCCUGCUGCUCGUGUCGAAGAUCCUGCCGCCGACGUCGCUGACGAUACCGCUCGUGUCGAAAUACCUCCUCUUCACCUUUAUAAUGAACAUCGUCACCAUCCUCGCCACCGUCAUCAUCAUCAACUGGAACUUUCGCGGCCCGACGACGCACCGCAUGCCGCGUCUCCUGCGCUGCAUCUUCAUCGACUUUUUCCCGAAGGUGCUGCUCAUACGUCGGCCUCCGAAGAAGCUGAGAACUGGCCACCAGCAUCCGGGACACCAGCAGCAUCGUCACCCGGAUGUGGAGCACGUCGUCGGCGGCGUCGGCGCCGAGUCGGCGACGCACUACGGCAACACGGUGAACACUCGCGACGACGUCAAGUACUCGUACAUUAGCAAAGCCGACGUGAUGGAACUCUCCGAGAUGCAUCAUCCCAACUGUAAGCUGGGGGGAAGGCAGUCGAGCAGUGAGAUGCGAGCGGAGGAGGACGGACAGGAGGUGGAGUACGAGGAGCCGAUUCCGCUGACGGCCGAGGCUCACAGGACGGCAACGGCUGUUGACUUCAUAGCCGAGCAUCUGCGCAUGGAGGAUGAAGUGGCUGUGGUGAAGGAGGACUGGCAGUACAUAGCGAUGGUCAUUGAUCGACUGUUACUCUACAUUUUCUUCGCCGUCACUGCCAGCGGCACGUUGGGACUCAUCCUCAAGGCACCCUACAUCUUCGACUACGUCGACCAGGAGGAGGUCAUGAAGAGGCUGCGCGGGGAGGAGACCUGAGAGACGACGCCGCCGACGACGACGACGACGAUGACGUCUUCACCACGUGACCCGCCGCCGCCGGUCACCGAUUUUUCGACGUGUCGGUUUACGACGUCGUCCGACGGAGGGCGCUAGCAUCGCCGCGCGUUCGGAGCAAAGAUGGCGGCGCGCAUCAGGGGAAACCACGUUGCGUAUCCAUCGCGUCAUCACGCGAUGCAGAAGAUACGUGCCGAUUAGAACUGUUACGGCGGUCGUCGAUGGAGAGCAGGGGCGACACAUUCGCAUCGCUGUCUCCAGCGUGAGAUGUCAGCGUAAUCGAUAUCGUCUCUUGAUAUCAUCUGACGAUAUCGGACGCUACCGCCCCGAUUUUUCUCUCGCAUGAGUUAUGUCAAUGCGGUGUGAGCGAGGGCCGAGUGUUUCACGAGUGGCUCUCUCUCUCUCUCUCUCUCUGCCGAACGUCGGAUACCCGGAUAGACGUCGGUACGGAGUUAUUUGUUUGACGUACCCUUAUAUAUCUCGGUGGUGGAGACGUAGUGACGUCUCGAAUCGGCAGCGAGGUGUUUGCUACCGAGAAUAUAAGCGCGACGAUGGCGAUAUAGCAAAUUAUCUUUUUUUUUCUAAUGAUAAACACGGCGUUCUUACAUCCGGUCCGUCAUUUCCGGUCCGCCAUUAAUUUUCGUUUAAAUACAGUAACAAAAUAACAUCAUAUCUUUGAGAAGGUCCGUCGGCGACACGAUGGUCGCAUUUGCGAUUGCCUGAAUUUAAGGCGACGCUCGCGUCUUCUGUGUCGACGUCAUACGGUGUCGCGUGUCAAACGAGGGGCAAAGACCUGACGUCAUUGCCACGUGGUAGACGCGCGUGUGAGAGAGACUCAUUUACAAAGCAAACGAGCUUCCAACGUUGGUAGCUUUUUACUGUGUGUUGUUGUAACUUUGUAAUAAAUAACCCGUUGUUGCCGUGUUAUAAGUGAUGUCAAUAACGUGUGCACAGCGCGUGCAUACAUUAACACUUUGAAACCGCUAAUAUCUAUAUAUAAAUAUACCAGCCUGGCUCUGAUCUUCGAUCAGACAGAUGUUGGAUGAUCACUGUAUAUGCGUCAGUAAUUGUAAGUAACAGCAGUACACGAGUUAAGGCGCUACUGCUAUACUUGCUUCGCCGAAUUAAUCCGAAGGUGUGUGAUGCAUACAUAUAUUGUUUGUCCUCAGUGAAGUGUUAUCCUUUUUCUAUCACUAGUAUUUGACCUUUUCGCUAAUCGUGCUCAUCGCAUCGCGUUCGCAUCCAUUUUGAAUUUCGUUGUAUGCAUCCUAUGAAGCUGUUAAAGAAAUGACGUUGAUGACGAUGUAUGAGCGAGGACGUACAGGAGAGAAGCGUGUGUGUUCGUGUGUGCACGCGCGCGUGCGUGCGUGCGUGCGUGCGUGUGCGUGCGCGCAUGCUACUACUGUGUCUUCGUUUCGGGGUAUGCUGUUCAUCCAGCAUCUAAGUUGUACGCACUUUUGCGGCGUUUUUUCUUGUAUACAUGAGCGCGACUGAUUGACUGAUUAUAGGCAUAGUCCUAGUUAUAACCCAUAGUAACAUUAACUAAAAAAAAUCACUAUGAGUUUUUGUACAUUGCAUGUCAAGCCGCUUGCCGUUAUAUUCAUGUUUUUGUUGCGUAGGAAAUUAUUUAUUGUUUACCGUAUUUGGCCUUACCGUAUGCGUAAUGCAUCUUACUUGCGUUUACCGACGUCAUCGUAAUUAGGCCGGUAAUAUUAAUUAGUAUAGCGUUUGAUUUGCUAACCGAAUGAGUGAGUGCUGUUACGAAUGCGUUUACCUGAAACUAACAUACGGGAAUCCGAACCCGUAAGAUAAUCGGAUUCGGAAUCGGUUAAUUGUACGGCACCUGAUCGAGUCCGUCUUAAUUUGGAAUAACUUGGUACUGUCGUCAUGGAAACGCAUUUUCCUCGCGAAGGGCGUAUAUCGUGUGGGAUGGUAAUUGUAUCGCACUUGUAGCUACGUGUACGGGGUAUGUUUCCAUGCACCUGUAUGAGAUAACAAUCUCUGACCAACCGACCGUGCCGCUGCGAAUUCGAAUCGCGUGUGUAUGAAGUGGCGCGUAUGCUAUAAUAUUCGGCUAUACGUCGUUACACCGUUACUGGCGCAUGACAAUUCAUUAGAUAAAAAAUGCGCACACAGGCAGAUGCAUUGUGGGA